UGUGUACUUUACGAUUUGGUCAACAUUUUAUGAAAACUCUUAGGUUUUAGGUGUUAGGUGUUUCAGUUUCAUUGUCCAACGCCUGUACAUAUCUGAGAAGAUAUGUGGCAGACUUCACCCUCUUAGCAUUUAGAGCAUUACUAGUGAUAGGGGAUUGGCUUAUUGGUCCACCAAAUUGGUGAGAAAAUGAAAUAAAAUAGAAAUAUAUAUUUUUUCAUUUCAAGCCCUUUUGUGUGCAGUGUUUCCUGAAAGCCUCUAAAUUGGCAUGGUGCCCCUGGAACUGAGGGUGGGGUUUUUGUCUGUCAGUGCAAUGACGGGGCAGAGACUUUCUAUGGAAGUGAACACCGCGUUACAGUGAAACACAUUCUUAUUUCACAAUUCACAUCGCCAGACUGAGAAGUGCAACAGCAAGGCUUUUACAGUAAAAUAUUCUUUUUAUGCCUUUUAUUUGAUUACUAAAUAAAAACAGGAAUCCUACGGUUGUCUUGGUUUCUCCAGCUUGAUAACAUCUGUCUUGAUAACACCUUUCUGCACACAGGGGGGAACAUUUGGCAACCAUGUAUUUGAUCAUUACAGUCUUUAAAGUGCUCUUCAUUGAUCUUGUCCUCUCGCAGCCUCACGAGCCAACAGCGAAUGAUCUGGAGUGCGUCAACGAUUACGAUGAGGAGAUGACGUGCCGCCUGAAACACAACUCCUGCCAACAAUACAAGCUAAAGAUAAACAACGAGACGUGCAAUUUUACAUCCAUGCAAUGUGAAUGCAAACUUAAAGUUCAAAGUGGUUUUAUUCUAAACGUACUUAUAAAGGUUGAUGUGUGGAGAGAGGAAGAGGUGUUCAAUAAAGCGUUUAAUACCACACAAAUCAUUAAGCCCAAAAAGCCGACCAUUAGAUCAGUCAAACAGACACAGAAUGGAGACUUCCAUGUCACCUGGGACACCCACUAUAUAGACUCACCGUUUAAGGACAGCUUGAAAAUAGAGCUCAAUUACAGUGAUAAAGGAGGAAGACUCAAUGUCCCACUUCAUUUAACACAAGGCCAGAAUUAUUAUGAUCUUGUGAGAAGCAAUCUUCAGCCCAAUUCUGACUAUAUCAUCACAGCAAGAGCGGGAUCUAGCUACAACAACUUCUCAAGAUUCAGCGACUACAGUGAACCAUAUGAGUUCAGCACGCCUGAGUCUUUGGAGAACAUCCUAAAGAUUAUAAUUCCCAUUACAUGCAUUAUUCUCAUCCUCUUCAUAUUCACCAUAUUCUACUGCUACAUCAGAUUGAAGAGAGAAUUGUGGGAUAAACUUCCAACUCCAAAAAUAGCAUCUAGUUUUAAAACGCAGAUCCACCUCUUGUCUCCUUUUGAAAGUGAGUUCUCCCUCAUCCAAGUUGAAAAUCUUACACUGAACCAGAUUGAGAACAGAGCUUGGACUUCAUCUACCCAGGCCAAUGUCAGCAAUCUUCAACAUCACCACCUCCAGAGUCUUGGAGCGCUUGCUGGUGCCUCUCCAGCAGAACACGCCCAGAUAUGUUCAGAUGUGCAAACAUCAAUGUCCUACCACAUGCCUGAAAGGGUGCUGUCCUCCAGCAAUUCCACAGCUACUGCUUCCAGCUCUGAAAUUGGGAGGGUUUCUAGGAAUUGUGAGAAGAGCCCUGGUUUGUUGACCUGGAGCAACAGGCUUUACUUUUGCUCGGCUUCCGAUGACAAUAGACCCUCCAAUACAAAUCAUAAAGCUAUGCGACUGAAAGAAGCUCAUACUGAUACUCUCCAGCAGGGUUUAGAACCUGAAAAGACCCCUGGCUCGUCCUUCAGGAACCAGAAGCACUUGAGAUCACAUUCAAGUGAUUCCAGUGACUUUCUAAACCAGUUUUUUACACCCCUAUCCUCCAGUAAGAGUGUGAAUUCAUUCCCUGCAAUAACGACAGACUUUGACUAUACCCCAUGCGUUGGCUGUUCAGGUCCUGCAGAUGCUAACCAGGCCCAGAUUGUGAUGGUUCCUGGAUAUCAGAGCAUGGAGAAGCUCCUUGUAAACCAUGCAAACCAACCAGAAGGAGAUACGCCUGUGAACCCAGCGGUUAUCAGCUAUCAGAAUGGUGCCAAUCUGAUCACAGCAGAGCCUGAUUGCAUCAAUAACCGGGAGGAUGUUCCUGUUCCUGUCUGCGAAAGCAGCACUAUCAUACCAGCUGACGAAGGAUAUCAAUCAUUUCCAGGCUCUAGCGGUCAGCAGGGCCAUGCACCGUCACUCACAAGUCUGUGCACCACAGUUUUGCAUGUUUCUCCAGGCAUUCAAAUCGACUGCUCCUAUCAACAAGUGUGAUAUAACAGCAGAAAAUAAUGAACAGGAUCUGCUCUGGGACGUGUUUGUUCAUCAGAGGAUCAGGCCUGGCGUCAGAGCGACAGUAUAAAUAUAAAUAAAAGGAUUUCUGAUGAACUCAAACACACAACAAACAAGCUUUUUAAGGAGCUUAAAGUUUUACAUCAGUAUUUUAAUCUGUAUUUUAUACAUUUUAAUUAAAUUUACCUUACGCCGUACCUUAAAACUUGGGUAACACUUUAUAAUAACUUUUUAUUAACAUAUUUUUAACUAAUGAUCAGUAGAUGUGAACAAAGCAGUAGUUUAUCAGAAUUUAAAUAUUAGCAAAUGCUCACACAUGACACUUAUUUAUCAGCAUGGAUAUUCAUAUUAAAAAUGUUAGCAAAUCAUUCAUUAGCUCAUCACUUUUUCAUCACGUUUUAGUCUCUUACAAUGUGAAAAAUAACAGUUAUUAAUAAUUAGUUAAUAGUAUAUUAAUUGAAGUUAUUAUAAAAUGUUACCCAAACUUCAAAUAUGCAUCUGAUGAAGGAGGUUAUUAUGGAUCACCUUCAAUUACUAUAAGAUAAUACCAGUAAAUUGUAUACUAUACAAGUCAGGAAACAUCUAUGUUAUAUCUAUGUGAUGACGCAAGUUGAGAUGUACAGUAGAUAUGUAGAUAUGUAAAUACAUGCAUUGCUCGAAACACGCAAAAGGCAUGUUCUAAUUCUCUUAAUUAAUCAUGGGUGUGUUUUGGGAGUAACGUGAACGUAGAAACACUCCAGAAAUUUAGCUGAACACACCUCACUGUCAGACCACCACACCCAUCAGUGUAGAUUCCUUCCCAAACUCUCAUGCUGUUUUAAUGAUGCAGGCACAAGCUGUGAAAAUGGACUGCUGACAGAGUGAAAGACAGCAAAGAGCAUUGAGGCUUCUAUCUACUGCUUUUAUUGUUAUGUGUAAUAUUUAUUUGUUUAUUGACUAAAAAUAUAUAUAUAUUUAUGUUUGCCCCGAGGGAAUAUUGUACCUUUAGGGAAAUACUAAUGUUCUUUACACUGAAGAUAUAUUUUGUUUGUACUGGAAGAAAUGUAAGUUUGUGUAUUAAAAAAAAAAAAAACAUAAUAAACAGAAUUUAGAGAAAAUAAUAUUUAAAUAAAUUAAAUAUAAUUAUAUUUAAUGGUUUCAUUCAGAAAUUUUUACAGAAUUUUAACAAUGUUUUUAUGUUAUUAAAAAAAUAAAUCUAAAAAAAAAAUAUGUAAAAAAAAUCCAAUCCAUAAAUUCAAAUCAGUUUUAUUUUGAUUUAGGCCAAAUGUGGUGAAACCAGAUACUGUAAAAAAAGAUGAACGCCGUGUCGCCAUUCCCAUUCAUUUAAUGAAAAUGAAGCCAAAAUCUUCCGCCAUGUUGACGAUCCUGAAACCCGAGUCUGUAGAGUGCAGUAGAGACCAGAGGAGGGAGAAAGACUGUGGAGAGACAGCCUACUCAUUUAAAUAACCCCGCCCCUCAGGGCUGCCUCCACAGAGCUGUCCACAGUCUAUGGUCCCAUACAGUCAUUGGUCCCCCCACGGCUAUAGGUGUAACCGAGCCCUUUUACAAUAACCACACCUUUUAGAAUAGAGCUGAAUAACGUUUUAAAAAACGAACUCUGUGGAAAUAUAAAACCUUGACAACAUAAACUGAGGUUACACUAGCUGCUGCAUUUAAAUAAUGGAGGUAGAAUUACAGUAUUUUGGAAAAAAAAUGUGAUUGAAUGUUGUCUGUUUUGCCAUUGAAACCUAUGGGGAUGGGUGGGGUUACACAGCUUUCUGCAACCGAACAGCAGGAUGUCUCUUUUUUUACCCAAUAUAAAAGAAUAGUACAAAAUCAGGUGAACCUUAAUUAUUUUAAUUUAUUUUAUGUAUUUAAAAAAAAUAGAGAGAACAUGACCAAUUGUGCUGUCUCUCAGACUCUGGCUGCUGAUGCCAUCAUAACUCUUAAUUAGACAAUAG